AUGGAGACAGAGAGACGCAGCAAACCACGUCCGGCCUUCCCUGUCCUGAUCAUCUUUUCUCUCUGUUUGCAAACGAGUGCAAACCACACUGAUUACCCCAGGGUUAGGAACGACACCUGGCAUCCCAUGGGCCAGACCGUGACAGAAGCCAACACAAAUCCUCCUCUGAGCACCAAUUUCAGCAGCAGAACGGCUGCUUUUGAAAGGCAGACAAGUACUCUGCGAUCCUCAUCCUCCACAACGGCCCAAAAUUCAACCUCCCCCCCUGCCCCACGUGCUCCUUCUGCCCCUGCAGGACCCGGGAACAGCAGCAACCCCAAGAGUACGACGAUAAAAGAACCAUGCGAAGACAACAAAUCUCUUCUACUGAUUUGCUUCGUUAUCAUUGCAGUUCUCGUGCUGACCUGCGCCUUCUUAUUUCUGUCGACGGUCGUGAUAGCAAACAAAAUGUCCUAUCUCAAAAAGACGAAGCAAGGGAAGCGCAGGCCCAGGAGCAACGGCGACAUCCUGGCCACCAACAGCCUGUGGCCCACGGCAGCGGGGACGUGGCAGAGGAUGCCUGCGGAGACGGCCGGGACCGAGCUGCUCGUGCAGGAGCUGCGAGCAGGGAGAGACGCCGCGGUCCAGGGGAGACACGGGGAUGAAACCACUGAGAAACUCCCGAAAGAAACACGUCAGGAACAGGAAAGCAGAGAACCAAAGUCACACAAACCCGUUUUAACCAAUUUUGUAGUUGAGAUUUAA